CAGAAUGGAUUUAGAUUGAAGCCAACAUUCAAAGCGCGCAGAACUCAGAAACAGAAACGUUAUAUAAAAAAAUAAAAUUCCAAAAGAAGAAUCAUAAAACGAGAAGAAUCAGUGACAACAAACAAGUGCAUCAAAUAAACAGAACUCAAAAUGAUCGUCAACAGUAUCGCCCACCUGCUGGGAUUGGGAAUGAUCUUAUUGCUGGUCUGGGAACCCACGCUCACAGAAAGCUAUGCCCUGGGACAUGCGAAGUUCGGGCGGAUUGAGAAGUUCCCCUACCAGGUGAUGCUCAUUGGAAAGCAACUGUGGCGCAAACGCAUCCUGUGCGGCGGAACUCUGCUGGAUCGUCGUUGGAUUCUCACCGCCGGUCACUGCACCAUGGGAGUGACACACUAUGAUGUGUAUUUGGGCACCAAGAGCGUUCAGGAUACGGAGCAGUCGGGUGGAUUGGUCCUGCGUUCCAAUAAGUUCAUUGUCCAUGAGCGUUUCAACCCGGAGACGGCGGCCAAUGAUAUUGCAUUGGUCAAACUGCCUCAGGACAUUGGAUUCACCUCACGAAUCCAGCCUGCCUCGCUGCCCAGCAGAUAUCGACAUGACCAGUUUGCGGGGAUGAGCGUGGUGGCCACUGGAUGGGGCGCCAUGGUGGAGAUGACCAACUCGGAUUCGAUGCAGUACACAGAACUGCAGGUGAUCUCGAAUGCGGAGUGUGCCCAGGAGUACGAUGUGGUCACGGCGGGAGUGAUCUGUGCCAAGGGUCUGAAGGAUGAGACAGUGUGCACCGGUGACUCUGGUGGUCCGCUGGUCCUAAAGGACACUCAGAUGGUGGUGGGCAUUACCAGUUUCGGACCCGCCGAUGGAUGUGAAACCAAUAUUCCUGGUGGCUUCACCCGGGUUACGCACUACCUCGACUGGAUUGAGAGCAAGAUUGGUGGCCACAACGCCCCACAUCAGCAGUAUCAGCGACCCCAGCAUCAGCAACCACAUCACCAUCAGUACAGUGAUAAUAAUCUCAUUUAGAAUGGGCCCUCCUCAUAACAGCCCUUCUCACCACUGACUGAAUCUUGAUAGCUUUAUGUUUAAAGGAAAUUCUCCAAUCUUGUGAUAUAUAUCUCAUUGAACUUUGUACAUUGAUUUUAGCUUUAACUAUUUAAACAUCUAUAUUUAUUUUAGUUGUAAGAGUGACAGCGGCCACAAAAAAAAAAA